AUGAAGAAACCGCGAGGAAGGCCAAGGAAGGUUGUUGUUGUCACCGUUAGUGACAAUUUCAAAAAAAUGAUUUCAAAUUAUGUUUUUACCGACCAAACUAGUGGUGAUCUUGUUAUAACGUUUGGUUACGUCCUUUCUCCAACAUCUCAACGGAUACUUGUCCGCAAGUAA